GCAGACGAGCUACCAAACAAAACUACAUCAAAAGACUUUUAGGUGACAUCACAGUCCGUAUGUUUGUCCGUGCUGGCUCGAGACCGUGUCUUGGUGUGUGCCAGUGGACAUCACAACCACUGUCUCUCUCUCGUUCUCACUUUUUUUUCUGUAAGAGUCCUCUCUCUUUUUAUAGAUUUAGUAAGAGUUCUCUCUCUUUGAAAGUUGUCUUUAGCCUUUUUUUCGUAAUUCAAGUUGUGGGAAAGUAACGAAAGGGAGGGGGGUCGUAUGAAGGGGGGAAAAUGUGGUAGCGAUGGAGGAAGGCGCCCCAGGAAACAGGGACUCGGUCACACUUGACCGUUACUCGCCCAGCCCGUCAGUUGUGAUGGACGGCGUGUUUUCCUUACUCGCUCCCUACCAGAAGAUUUAAUUUCUGACCAUCGGCUGGACAACACAACUGAAAUGUAGCCAUGUGUGACAAUCUGCCGGCCACGGAGGACCCACCAGAGAACUAUUUCAUUGACAAUGCUCUCAGAAAUGUCGGGCAAAUAGUCACAGUGUACUGCAAGAACACGACAGUGGCUGUUCUCAAGUGUUUGCCUGACUUGAAGUGGAAUGCUACAGUCCCGGCUUGUCCGUCGUCCAACCAAACCAAGGACAGUUUGUCUGAGAUGCUCAUUAUUGUUUGGGUUGUUGGCGCCAUUUUGCUUUUGGCUCUUAUUAUUCUCAUCGUUAUUAUAGUGCGGUCAAGGUCGAAAAAUGGAUGCAGACCCAGAAGUCCCACUUCGUCUCCUUCGUCCAUUUUUCACAUAACCAGUCACAGACGUGAGGGGGGAGACAAUCCAGCAUUUUCAAGGGCGGAUGAAAGAUGUGGAGAGUGGUCUUUUCACAGAGCAGCAGAUCUGCGCGAUUCUACAAGGCUACCAAGCUAUCAAGAGGCCAUCUUAAAUCAUUACAUUACAGUUCCAGCCAGAGCUGGAAAUUUGAAUCCUGACAGAUCUAAUUUCAACAGAGCUAGUGCACCACCUAGUUACAGAACUAGCCAGCACCACAACCAACCCAUCAAUGCCUCAGAAAACAGGUCUGCUGAUUCCACAGCCCAGAGUGAAAACAGAAAUACCCCUGUUGAUCCUCCUGCAGAAAAUCCAAACAACACCAAUUCAACAAAUGCUCAGACGGAUACAGUACAAGCAAACCGAUAUGCAGAGAAUUAUCCUCAGUGCUUUUUUGAAGAGGAGCCUCCACCACCUUACACCCCUGGCCCAUCUAACACUAAUAUGUACAGAUCACCAUCUCGGCAAUCUCAUCCUCAAAGGGGUGGCUUCACUAGGCGAAACUUGCUUGGAGCAGGAGCCAGAUCCCGGUUGCCACCAAGACGAGAUACAAACCAAAGAACCAAUGCUGGAGUAAAUGUGCAAGAGAGAAACACACAAGCCAACCAUGAAGCUACACAGACUUUGCAUAAUGUACCUUAUGACACAAUGGCCACACUGGCUGUUCCAAACCGGCGGCAAAGCAUCCACACAAACUCCUCUAGUGUCAAUAGUGUAAGUGCCAACCCCGUGACAUCUCAGGGUUCCAAGACUGAUAUUGUUAACUGCUCAGUACCCUCAUCAUUAGCUGCUGAACGGACUUCAAACACUGUAGAUAACGGUAAUUCCAAUCGGCAUGAGCAGUGUUCUAGAUCCAUAGUUGAAAAUAACAGUGGUCAAAGUCAGCAUGAACCUCUUUAUGUUAUGAGAAGUACAAAACCGUCAUCUGAGGGCUAUAACUUUUAUCCAGCUCAUUCAUCAUUAACUUUACCUUCUCACCCUUACGCUGCUGAAUCUCACCCAAUCGGCACUUCAACUCCAAUACAUCAGUCACCAGCCGUGGCCAGGAGAUUCGUACCUGACGACCGUCCAUCACCUUUACCCAUUCCACGUCAAUUUCACCCAACAGGGUAUAACUCUCAACCAGAACAAUAUAUUUUUUACAUGGGUUCUUCUUCAACAAAUGGUGUGCUACAACCUGCUUCACAAAACUGCCCAUAUCCAGCACAGAUUAGGAACCAUUCUGCACCUUUAGCACGGCUAGAAGUGGAAUAUUUUUAAUUGGAGAAAUGCUCAAAUAAAAAACUGCAAGCCAAAGCCAGAUACCAGUUUAUUUCUUAAUUUGUGGACAUUUAUAUUGUGGAGUAUAAUGAGAACAGGCGGAUAUGCAUCUACAAGUCCUCAUCAUUUUCAUAUCUACUUAGGAAAACAACAUGGAGCAAAUGAAAGGCUAAAUAGAUAUUUGCCUUUCAUUUAGGAAUCAAAAUAAAUAAUAAAUCUAAACAAAAGUUCAUUUUCCAUUUGUAAAUAUAUUCUGCAAUGUAUAUAAAUAAGUGGCUACACACCAAUGUACAUUAAUUAGUAUUAUCACUAUUUCAUAUGAAAAUCAUUUUAUUGUAUUGUAUACACACAAAGUUUUAACAGUAUAACAUUGGCAUAGUAAGACACUUAGCCUUAAUGGUAACAUGUUUUUAUGCUGGCUGAGAUAUGCCCAGUUAUCUGACAAUGUAUUGGUUAAUUAAAUCUUAUUGUCUUUUUAAUUCAUGCAUAAUUACAAAGUAUAUUAGUGAAAUGUGAAAACACAAGAAGUAGUCUUGUCAAUGACCAGCACAGAUUGAAUACUUUCCCAUUGUAAUCAAGUUAAUUAUAUUUGUUAUUUUAUGUACUUGUACACUAUCAAUAAUAUCACAAGCCUGCGCACUUUAAUACUUCAUACCUUUGUAUAGCUCACAAUAUUAGUCUAAGUUUGUAUUAUACAUAAUCCUAUUAUCUCUACAUUUGAUGCAGUAUUAAAUUUAUUUGGCUGUGUGCUAACAAUCAAAAGACAUGUACAUAUAUUAAAAGAAAAGCUUGACCAAAGUUGUUGUUUUUUUAAUGCUCUUACUAUAUUGUGUUCAUUACUUGGACAUUCAAAGUAUUGUGUAAUCAUUUUUUUUACAACAAACGUAUUGGUGGCAUUAAAUUCUCAUGUACUUGUGCAACUUAUUUUGCUAAAUUUCUUCUUUCAAUUUUUUUGACAUUUUACAACCUACACAGCAUUGUUUUUGUAUGAUAUUUUUUAAAACCUUUAUUUCUUAAUGUUGUAAGAUGUUUUGGUUUUAAUGUGAACUAUUUUUUUAACUUAUUUCAUGUCACUUUAGAAUCUCCUCUAAUACUAGGGUUGAUAUUUCUAUCUACAAUGAAAAUAGAUGAGGCUGGCCAGAGCAGCCUUUGUAAAUGGCACAAAACCAUCUCAGGGACAAACAACAGUAAUUAGAUCAUUACUCGUCUUGACUAUCUAUAAUUUAAUUUUAGAAAUAGAUAAAUGACAGGAACAAAAACAAUAUAAUGUAGAUGCCAAACUAAUAGUUGUUUUUAUCAAUAGAGAGUUAAGAUGUCUUAAAUAAAAAUCUGGUGUAUGUACAUGGCAUUAUCGUAUGUAAAAGACUGCAUAACAAAGUUUCCUAGCCUAUACAUAAAUGGAUCAUAGUUUGCCUAUAUGUCAUGGACCUUGGCAAGAUCUAUUUUUUUAAAAAUCCAGCUCUAUAAUAUGUUUAGCAGCAAUUCUGUCAUAUGAAUUGUUGGAGAAAAUACCAUACCUAAACAGCUCCAAGAUUUUUCAAGGCAUACUUCUGAAGCCUUAUCACCACAAGGCUUCACAAGAUGGAAUAUCCAUUUUAAAGAUGAAUCACUUUACUAGACUUAUCAUGGAGAUUGUCACAGUUUUGGAGAUGCUAGGUAUAUGUCUUCACCCUUUCAUCUGUCAGUAGAAACAGUUUGUCAGGCCAGAUGCUGGAUGUGCUAGUUAAGAGGCUAUUUGUGAUGCAGGUAUUUUAUAUGCAAUGGGCGCUUAUUCCUAUUGAAACCCCUGCUUUGAGAAUAUAUGAAACUAAAUCUGGCGUAGCUAUUUGUGAAAACUUGUAAUAAAAGACUCCAAGCUUAUGAAGCUCUUCAAAAUCGACAAUAGCAGCUGGGAAAAAGUAGCACUGGAUAUAUCCACAUGGAGAGAGAGCAUAAAGAAAGUGUUUCGGAUUGCAGAUGCCAUACACAAUAAAAGCAGAAAGAAUGGUGAAAAUGCAAUGGUGCCUGGUGAUUACAUAUGCCCAACCUGUAUCAAGGAUUGGCCUCUUUAGUCACACAAGAAGUUGCAAAGGGAAAUAUCAUCUCUUGAGACAUAAAAUGCCACAGAUUUGUGAAUCAUAUAAAAUAAAAUGAUUAACUAAGUUUAUCCCCUAAGUAUUGUAAAAAAAAAAAACAUUUAGAUAUAAAGAGUCAUGUAAUUUUGAUAUGAUUUCAUUCAUGUAGUGGCUUAAGACAUUGUACUAAUUUUUUUUAUUGUAAUUUUAUUUAUAUGCCAAUUUGUAUUGUGGCUAACCAUUUCAGUUUUCAGUGGAAUUUGGUGUCAACCCGUGUAUUGUAUUCAGGAAAUGAUUCUACCACACAGUAUUACCAAAGUGUACAUAGCUUUGUAGUCUUCAAUGUGCAAUCUGUAGCUCCUUUAUUUAUUUGUAUAUCAUCCCUUUUGUUUUCUUUGCAUGCCUCUCCAUUAUGUGUACAAGAAGGAAUUAGCAAUAGUUCAAGCUUGAUAAGUCCUUAAGGCUUGAGAAUUUCUAACAAACACUUUAAUACAAAAAAAAACCCUAGAUAAAUGGAAAGAAUCAUUUAAAGUGUAAUGAACGGAAUUUUUUUUCAAAUAAACCAAAUAAAACUUCUUUUUAAAUUUGUGGAUAUAAAAAGUGUGUACGCCAAUAUAUAUAAAACCUGGUAUGUUUGCUGAUUGUCUACAUUGCAAAGAACUUGUUCCAAAAGUAAUAGUAGGUAUUCAAAAAUCACCUGAAAAUAAAAACACACUGAAAACUACAUUUUAAAGUUUUUAAAUUAGUAAAAAUCAAUAAGGCUAUAAAAAAAAAAAUAACUCCACAGUUGUUUGAUCUGAGCAUUAAAGUUUUUAUAAGAAUUCUAAGAAACUCAUAUUUUCAAGCUUAUGUUGAUGUAAUGCAGCUAUAUUUGUAUGUGCUUCCACAGUAGUUUCUUCAUGUAUUUAGAUGGCAUCUCCUUUUAUGUCAUUAAUAUUUACACUUUACUUCUUAUAUAUAUAUAUAUGUUGGAAGCGUGGUCGAGAGGCUUGAACUUGGCUUGGCUACCUAUGAAGGGGGCUCGAGGUUUGACACCAGACUCUAGCAGAGUUAUGUUUACUGAGCGCCUAAAGGCAGCACGGAAAAACCUUCUCCCAGAUACCCCCUCCCCUCGCUGGUCCAAAAAUGAGAUUGGACCAUAGCACUCUGAGCAUGCUAUUAGCAUGAAAGUAGCGCUAUAUAAAAGCUUAAAAAUGUCUUUAUAUAUAUAUAUAUAUUUGAACCCCAAUAUUUACCAAAAAGAUAAGUGUAGACAAAAUAGCUGAAAUGUUACAUUUAUUAGUACCUGAUUGAAAUACUCAUUUUCAACAGUUUUUACAACUGUAGGUUGUACAUUUUGCAAUUAUUUUUGUGUGUUGUUGUUUUUUUUCCCCAUUUUUUUUCAUGCCUAUAAUAAAUAUCUAUAUGCUUCAUCAUUCAUGUAUUUUAUUUAAUGCACUCAUUUGUCAACUUCUAAUACAUCAGCGGUUCACAUAUCACUUGGCCAAAGUUGUGCCACUGGCUUACUUAUAAGAAUGAAUAAAUAGCCCUUGUGGUCUGCUAGAGAAAUGUUUUGAGAACCCUUGUAUUAGAUAGUUUCCUUUCAAUUUGUACGUUUGAUGUCUUUUGUGUUUAUAAAUGGGUCUGAAACAAUAUCCUUCAAUUAUUUCCAGAGAAAAUCAACAUCAAUAUGUCUUCCUGUAUGUACAAAAAUCCCUGGUCAUAUGUUGUCAAGUGUAUGUGUUGUUUGCAAUAUGUAGGGCUUCUGAAACCUGAUUUGUUUUCAUUUGUUCCAUUUAUUUUUUAUUCGUUUGCACUACAUUUUUCAAAAGUUAUGUAUAUUUUAAAAUCUGUUUUUAAACUAAUAUAAAUAUGCUUAGCCUGAAACAAUGGACUAUUAAUCAAAUCUUCAUAAUUGUCUUAAUGUUUUCCAUUCAUUUUAAAUGAUGUACUGGACAGUAGUAAAGAAUGUUAAGAAUAAUUUGUUAACUCUUUCUCUCCGUAAUUAUUUACCACAUUCUGUUGGAAUCAACGCUGGUAUCGUCAGUUAGGAGAGAAAGAGUUAAGACAGCAAAUCUUUUUAAUUUUGUCUUAACUUAAUGGUUCUGGUGAAUAUCUUAUUCUAACAUUACUGGACAUCACCAUAAAGAUUACUAAGCUAGAACUUUUUUUUUGUUGUUAAAUACCAUUAGGUUUCAGAAGCCAUGUAUGUAGAUAAUGUACUAUUUUAUUUUCAAUAGUCUCACACAAAUACCAAAUAUAUAAUUACUAUACAAUACUGAUGAGAAUCCAGACUUGUGUAUGCUUUAGCCCACAUUAAAAGGCAUUCCUCAUAGUUUGCAAUUCUGUGCUGAUGACAUAUUUUAUGACAAUAGACUGGUUAUCUGGCAGAGGUUGGUUAGUUGUAGAGCCAUGGGUGCCAAUACUUUGUGCAAUAUAUCACUACAUUUUUUGCUAAAAUGUCAGAUUUGCAUAUAUAUGUAUACAAAGAUUAUAUUACAAAGUAUGUGCAAUAAAACUGAAGACUUCA